AUGGCGAGCAUCGAAGUCGGAAAUGAGGAACAGCUACCGAAAGAGGAUACGGUUAUGCCCAUGAGUAUCGCAGCAAAUAAGGAUGAGGAUGUUAACGCAAAACCGGAAUCCACCCCAAAUGUAAAGACGCUCGGAGCUAAACCCAGAAAACCCAGAGUUUCAAAAGCACCUACAAAGCCAAAAUCGAAACGCAAUCCACUCCGAACGGCCAGGAAGCGUGCAGAUUUUCACUGUGGAAGUUGCGACGAACGGGACAGUAGCAGGAUGGUAAUGUGUGACCAGUGCGAGGUAUGGUACCACUUUUCCUGCGUAGAGGUUACCUCCGGCGUGGCCAAUCAGAGUACUUGGGAGUGCCCGCGAUGUGAGACUACAAUCAAUCGACGAAAAUCGAUAAGGAAUGAGCAAAGGACUCUAGUUCAGCGCCAAGAGCUCAAACUUAAUCCAGAUCUCGAGGUACAGUCUAUAAGUAGUAGGAAAAGCUCCCGUAGCGAGUCUGUCAAGAUUGCUGAGCUCCGUUUGCAAAAGCUUAAGGAACUUGCGGAACUAAAACAGCAAUACAUUGAACAAAAAUUUACGAUUCUGGAAGAGGCAGUCAUGGAAGGAAGUGAGAACGAUGUCGAUAGUAAGAUGGAUAAGAUGUCGGAAAUUGAAGACUGGAUAGGUAACAUUAACUUGGAAGGAGAAGAUCGUGGAUUAGCCGUCGAAGACGACCGAAUUGAAGAAGACAAACAUAAACAAGUCAACAAAAUUCCAAGUCGAAACAAAAGGGUUUCCGUACCACGUAAUUUCAAUCCGGAAAAGCGUUCAACUCCGUUAGCCAGACCUACCCAGCUACAACUACCAACACAACCAACCGACUGUGGAGAGAAUGAUAUUUGCCUACUAAAUAAGAGCCAAUUAGCAGCACGGCAAGCGCUGGCUAAGGAUUUACCUGAGUUUGACGGCAGCUCUGAGGACUGGCCUCUUUUUAUUUCGACCUUCAACUCGUCAACCCAGAUGUGCGGGUUCACAAACGAAGAAAACAUGCUCAGACUUCGCAAAUGUCUCAGAGGUAGGGCAUUUGAGGCAGUUAGGAGCCGUUUGCUUCAUCCAGAUCACGUUACGAGUGUGAUGUCAACGCUGAAAAUGGUCUUUGGGAGACCCGAAGCAAUUAUCAAUGCAAUGAUAUCUAAAAUAAGAAUGCACGCUCCGCCGAUUCUCGAAAGGAUGGAGUCCAUCGUAAAUUUCGCUUUAACAGUGGAAAAUUUGCGUGCUAACAUAGAAGCGUGUGGUGUACCAGAUUUCGCCUACAAUGCUACGUUGCGCUCUGAGUUAGUUAAUAAACUCCCGCCACCCCUGCAGCUUCAAUGGGCCAGAGAUUCUAGAGCAAUUAUGAGCCCUUCAUUGCUACACUUUAGUAGUUGGCUGUACACUAUAGCGGAGGACGCGAGUGCAAUUAUGACGUCCAAUCCUAUCAGCAAGACCCGGCGAGAUAAAAAAGAAAGCUAUCUGCAUUAUCAUGAGGAACAAAGUGAGAGAGAUCCGUGUCCAGACAAAAUCGUGGAGAGUGCGAGCUUAACUCAUCAAGAAAUUAAAAAAAAAUCGUUCGAGCUCUGUCGCAUAUGCUCUGGGCGCUGCACCGCAGUAACCAAAUGUGCAACUUUUUUAGCAUUAGACUACGAAACUAGAUGGGAGUUAGUAAAGGAACGCAGACUGUGUCGCAAGUGUCUCAACAGACACAAUGGACCCUGCAGACAACGAAAACCGUGUGGGACAGGUGGAUGCGACUACUUGCACCACCACUUGUUACAUAAACCGGGAAAUCCUGAGACGAGCUCGCCUACUACAGUAACUGAAGAACGAAGUUGUAACACUAAUCAAAGCGGGAGAAAUGGCGUCUUGUUUAGAAUCAUUCCAGUUAUCCUCCAAAGUGCUACUAAAACGUUGCAUACCUACGCCUUUAUUGACGAUGGAUCCGAAAUUACGUUAAUGGAAGACGAAAUCGUCAAGGAACUUGAUCUUGAAGGACCUGUACAAAGUUUAUGCCUGAAAUGGACCAGCGGAACUACGCGAACAGAAAAAUCGAGGAAGGUUAAUCUGACUAUUUCAGGAGCCGGCGGACAGAUGAAAAAAUAUUCAAUCUCUAACGUUAGAACUGUUAAGUCACUAGACAUCAGGCCUCAAACCCUCGAUAUGUUAGAACUGGGUAAACGCUUUAAGCACCUGCAAAACGUUCCGAUAACAUCCUACGAAGAUGCGUGUCCCAGGAUUCUUAUAGGCCUAGAUAAUGCCCAACUAGGAAAUCCCUUGAAGAGCAGGGAAGGGAAACUUGAAGAACCGAUAGCCGUGAAGACGCGUCUAGGGUGGACAGUUUAUGGUCAUUGCUCUGAUGAAUCCAGUACAGCUCCGUAUAUCAAUUACCAUUCUGUUAACCAAUGUCCCUGCGACAAAAGUUGCGAUCAAGACCUCCAUGCUGCCAUGAAAAAUUUCUUCGCCGUUGAAAGCUUGGGUUUGAGUAAACCCACUUCUACCUUUAUUUCGAGAGAUGACCAAAGGGCAAUUUCCUUGCUCGAAACGCACACCCAUGCUAAGAAUGGCCAUUACGAAACUACACUUUUAUGGAAAUACGACAACUGUCGUCUGCCCGAUAGUAAGCCUAUGGCACUUAGCCGCUGGGAAUGCUUGGAAAAGCGGCUAAGAAAAGAUACGAAUUUGGCUAAGGUACUGAACGAUAAAAUUAACGAUUAUGUCGAUAAAGGCUAUGCGCGCCGUCUUACCACUGAGGAACUAACAGAGAAGCAUCAGAAAAUUUGGUAUCUACCAAUUUUUCCAAUCACCAACCCAAACAAACCUGGGAAAACGAGAUUAGUCUGGGACGCCGCCGCAAAGGCGCACGGAAUCUCACUAAAUUCUCUGUUAUUAAAGGGACCCGAUCAAUUAACCUCCCUUUUUGCUGUACUGUUGAAGUUUCGAGAAUACAAGGUUGCGGUGUGCGGAGACAUCCGUGAAAUGUAUCACCAGGUGUUGAUACGAAAGGAAGAUCAAAACUGCCAACGUUUUUUCUGGGGUAGAAACGAGGAUACGAACUUACCUCAUACAUACAUCAUGCAAGUGAUGACAUUUGGAGCAUGCUCGUCUCCAUGUACAGCGCAAUUUAUAAAAAACCGAAAUGCCGAGAAGUAUAUGCACCAAUAUCCAGCUGCAGCUAAUGUCAUAAUCACCAACCACUACGCUGACGAUAUGCUGCUUAGCGUCGAAAGUGAAUCGGAGGCAAUCAAGUUGGCUGAAGAGGUUAGAACGAUCCACCGUAAGGCGGGUUUCGAACUAAGGAACUUUCGAUCGAACGAGAAUUCUGUGUCCGACGCCUUGGAAGGACGAUCAAAAUCGAACGAGUCGAAAGAAAUCGACAUGGACGUGGGGAGAGAAGGAAGCACCGACAAAGUACUUGGUAUGUGGUGGGACACGUCUACCGAUUGUUUCACGUUUAAGUUGUCACCAAGAAUGGAUCCUGAAAUUUUAUCCGGCAAACGUAUACCAACGAAACGGGAAGUUUUGCGAACCCUCAUGCAAAUAUUCGACCCCUUGGGUUUGGUAGGCCACUUUCUUAUGUUUCUCAAAUGUUUGCUUCAGGAAAUUUGGAGAUCGUCGGUUGGAUGGGACGAUCCUAUAGGAGAUAACGAGUUUCAAAAAUGGAAACGCUGGCUGGAAAUUCUCCCAACCAUGACUGAAGUCAAAAUCCCUCGUUGCUACCGUGCGUUCGUGCCGAUUACCACUCAAACCGACGUACAGCUUCACACCUUUGUUGAUGCCAGCGAGAACGGCAUGGCUGCUGUUGCUUAUUUAAGAUUCGAGAACAAUGGAGUAGUAGAAUGUGCGUUGGUGAGCUCAAAAACGAGAGUUUCGCCUCUUAAAUUUCUUUCGAUACCUCGAUCUGAACUGCAGGCAAGCGUAAUAGGAGCUAGACUCUCAAAUGCUAUAAUGGGCUCAUCCUCAAUCAAAGUUAAUAAGCGCUAUUUCUGGACAGACUCUAAAACAGUGCUGUGUUGGCUAUCGUCAGAUCAUCGGAAAUAUAGCCAAUAUGUUUCACAUCGAGUUAGCGACAUCUUAGAGUCCACCGAGCUGUCUGAAUGGUGUUGGAUCCCGUCCAAAUUAAACGUAGCUGACGAUGGCACUAAAUGGAAAGUUUACCCGGAUUUCAAUAACAGCAGCAGAUGGUUUCGAGGUCCUGAUUUGCUGUCACGUCCGACAGCUGAAUGGCCUUUGCCGGAAAAGGCAAUUUUAUCGACAGAUAUUGAGCUGCGACCCUUCGUCCUCAACCAUCACGUCUUAUCAUCUGCCCUAAUUACAGUGGAGAAGUUUUUUUACUGGGCUGUACUUCUUCGGAAAACGGCUUACGCUCUUCGAUACAUUUAUAACCUGCAACGAACUGCAAAAGAUCAACCAAUUCUCGUCGGCCUACUUACUCGGGAGGACUUGCUCAAGGGGGAGCAAUAUCUAUUUCGAUUAGCCCAAGGUUCAGCAUACGCAGAAGAAAUCGAACUUCUCAUCGACCAAAAAUCCCAUGGCUGGAAAAGCUGUAUUCCGCGAAAAAGCCCGCUGUUCAAGCUUUGUGCAUUUCUAGAUGAAAAUAGGGUGUUAAGAAUACGUGGCCGUAUAUCUUUAUGUGAGUUUGCUCAGCCAGACACAAAAAACCCUAUUAUUCUCCCGCGCAAUCAUCACAUUACACGAUUAAUUGUUUCGAAUAUUCAUUCCGCAUAUCAUCACCAAAACCAUGAAACCAUAAUUAAUGAAAUUCGCCAGCGAUAUUACAUUCCGGGCCUACGAUCAUUAUACAAAAAUAUUCGCAAAGACUGUCAGGUAUGUAAAAACCAGCGCGUGAAACCUCAGGUUCCGUUGAUGAGCGAAUUACCACUGAGUCGAUUAUCAGCGUACACGCGUCCCUUUUCUUAUAUGGGUAUCGACUACUUCGGACCGAUGCUGGUAGUCAACGGUCGUAAACAAGAGAAAAGAUGGGGCGUAUUAGCCACCUGCCUUACUAUAAGGGCUAUACACUUGCAAGUGGUACAUUCGUUAACGACCAGUUCAUGUAUAAUGGCUAUACGCAACAUAAUGAGUAGACGAGGAGUUCCUAUCUGCAUUUAUAGUGAUCGAGGCACUAACUUCAUUGGCGCUGAUAGGGAACUCAAAUCCGUUCUUAAAGACGUAAACCAAAACAGAUUAAUGGAAGAAUUUACUUCGCCAGACACUCAAUGGAGCUUUAAUCCACCAGCGUCCCCUCACAUGGGAGGGGCGUGGGAAAGGCUCAUCCGCUCAGUUAAGCAGAACAUGGCAAAACUGAACCCUAACCAUCGUCCAAACGACGAAAUCCUCGAAAACAUGUUGAUAGAGAUUGAAAAUAUAGUAAACUCACGACCACUUACACACGUGCCUGUUGAAGACAGUAAUUCGUUGGUCCUGACGCCUAAUCAUUUUUUAUUGGGGUCAUCGAACGGUUUGAAACCAUGGGUCCCUUUCGAUGAUAGUUCCUCUGCGGUGCGUAGAUCCUGGCAGCUGUCACAGACAAUGGCAAACGUAUUUUGGAGACAUUGGGUCCACGAUUAUCUUCCAACUUUGACCCGAAGAUCGAAAUGGUUCGACGACACCAAGCCUAUCGAAGUCGAUGACAUUGCAGUCAUUAUAGAUCCGAACCUACCACGCAACUGUUGGCCUAAAGGACGCAUUAUCGCCACAAACAUUUCGCCCGACGGCCGCCGGAGAUGGGCAACUAUACAAACAUCAACAGGAGUUUAUAAUAGACCAGUAGCGAAGCUUGCAAUCUUGGACAUCGGCCUCAACAAUUCUAGAAAAGUUAGCUCAAAAGGUGUCACGCUGAGUGGCACCAACAGUAACAACAGCAACAAAGCACUGGAGCUAGAACCAGGAAAUCUCUAA